CGAUUCUUCUACCGGAUCGACAUCAAACCUUUCUUUUUCGUCUCCUUCGUUAUCAAACCCUCCCUCUUUCACGCAGAUAUCAACUCUUGGUCCUUUUCUCUCCGCACGCUCCUUUCAACCUGCAUUGGCAUCGCAGACAUGGCCGAUUCCCUGGGUGACGAAGAGAAGGGUGUGAAACGUGAGGUUAUCGCAACCCAGCCCACAACUGCCGAUGAAUCGCUCUCCUUGGACGACAAUGAGAAACGUGCAUCGCCAUCCCCAACCCCCGCUGCAUCUGGCGGAUUCUUCGAGCGCUUGAACGAGAAGAUCCUCUCGAUCAAGUUCUUGGAGCAGAGAGGUAUCGAGAGAGUGCCUGAAGAUGAACGCCAUGAGAUCACGGGUUCCAAGUAUAUGCAGAUGCUGCUCCUUUGGUUCAGUACCAAUAUCACCGCGAAUAAUAUUGCGGUGGGCAUGCUGGGUCCCUUGAGUUAUGAUCUUGGAUUCGUGGACUCGGCGCUUUGCUGCGCAUUUGGUACUUUGAUUGGGUCUGCUGGCGCGGCCUAUAUGAGCACAUUUGGUCCACAGAGUGGUAAUCGUACUAUGGUCAUUGCCAGGUACUUCAUGGGAUACUACCCUAGCAAGAUUGCAUGUCUUCUCAACAUCGUGAUCAUGCUUGGCUAUGGCAUGAUUGAUUGUUUGAUCGGAGGUCAAAUCUUGUCCGCUGUAUCUGGAGGAAACAUCACCGUCGUCGCUGGAAUUAUCAUUGUGGCUGCUAUUUCUUGGGUGGUUGUCGUAUUCGGAAUGUCAAUCUUCCAGAUCUAUGAGAGAUGGGCUUGGGCACCUCAACUCGUAGCUGUCUUUGUCUUGGUCGGAAGCGCCGGUCCCACAUUCGAUACCUCAAUAACCUCGUCCGGCAACCAUGAGACUAUCAAUGGCAACCGCCUCUCCUUCUUGUCCUUGUGUCUCUCUUCCGCGGUAGCCUGGGCACCUGCAGCCGCAGAUUACUACGUCUACUACCCACCCACUACCCAAAAAUGGAAGACCUUCACCAUGACCAUCUGUGGUCUCACCCUCUCUCUCGCAUUUGCGAAUCUCCUAGGUGUCGGCUUGGCAUCCGGAACCUUUUCCAACACCGACUGGCUCAACGCAUACGAUACUUCAUCUGGAGCCCUCAUUCUAGCCGGCUACUCCGGUCUUGGUGGCUUUGGUAAAUUCCUAGGCGUCAUUGUAGCCCUUGGAUUGAUUGCCAAUAACAUCCCCGGAACGUAUUCUGCUACUCUCGGAUUCCAGAUCAUGGGACGACAAUUGGCUAAGCUGCCUCGGUGGUUCUUGGCUUGUGUCUGUGUGCUCAUAUACACGGCUUGCGCACUCGGAGGACGAAACCAUCUUUUCGAUAUCUUCGAGAAUUUCUUGGCGUUGAUGGGAUACUGGGUUACCAUCUAUCUUACUAUUGCAUUGGAGGAGCAUUUGAUCUUCAGAAGAAAGAGUGGAUUUGAUUGGACGGCUUGGAAGGAUCGAAGUGCAUUACCGAUUGGCAUCGCUGCGUUGGCGGCAUUCUUGAUUGGAUGGGCCGGCAGCAUUAUUAGUAUGUAUCAAAUUUGGUAUGUUGGGCCGAUUGCGAAGAUGGUGGGCGAGUAUGGAACUGAUUUGGGCAUCUGGGUUGGUGUUUCGUGGGCGAUGAUUACUUUUCCACCUUUGAGAUGGCUGGAGUUGAAGAAAUUUGGUCGUUGAUUUGGUGGGUCGGACUUCUUGGUGAUAACUAUCUCAAGCCUUCAAUCUGUUGUUGCUUAGGGACCAAAAGAAAACUGUAUAUAGGGGUGUUUUAAUAGCUUCUAGAAUGGAUUAUGGAAC